UGCGUCCUGCGGAGGAAAGCGCGGCUGGCCGUCGGGCUUUCCGCCGCCGAACUUUUGUCCCUGUAGGCGCGGCAAGAGGGCAGCCAAGUCCCCGGAGGGGCUUCGGGCACCAGGAUGAGGAGCUGCCCGUCUCUGGCCGCCCCGCGCGAAGUUUUGCAAGACUACCUGGCUUUCUACCGCGCCACCUGGGCGGAAGGCAAACUAAGCCUUUGCAACGAAGCGCCGCUGAAGAGCCGCGCCGGGUUCCAGGCGGGCAAGUGGGACGUGGGCGCGAUCGCCCAGAGCUGCUGGACUAAGAUGCGGGGCCGGCGGGAGGCCGGCGCCGUCUUCCUCCGCAAACUGAGCCAGGCCUUCGGCUACCUGGAGCUGCUGUGCGUCAACCUUUGCCUCUCGCCCUGGAGGAAGGAGAUCAAGUCGCUGAAGACUUUUACAGGCAACUUUGUCUACCAUGUAAAGUCCAUCCUUCCAGAAAGUGUAGUACAACAACUGCUGUCUGAAAUGGGCUACGUUGCCACCUCUGCUACCGAAUAUUCCCUGGUCAGAAAACUAAGUGAGGAAGAAGCGGAGAACACUGCAUUUGAAAUGUUCCUUGCAAGAAUUGAAUGCGAAAACCUUCUUGAAGUUGCAGGGGACAUGAAAGACAGUGACCUCGCUGACAUCCUACAGAAGAGGGCCCAGAAACCUUGUCUUCCUUGUGUUGGGUUAGCUAAAAAGCAGGAACACUCACAAACAAAAGAGGAUGUGGCCGUUGGAGAAAGCAACGGGGCACCAAAUCCUGCAUUGGCCUACUUGAGUCAUAGUCAGAGUGCCUUCAAAGAGCAGGACAAGAUUGAGCAUGGCAACAGCUUUGGUCUCCAAUCCAUUACAACGGAGACUCGGCCAGCAGCUUCCAAACAGACACCUGAGCAGGACAGGAACCAAAACCAAACGGAGGAAACCUCGACACAUUCCUGCAUCAGAAGCACGGACAGUGAGGACUUUCUGAUUAAAUACAGCGACAUUGUCAUUGGACAACAGCCUCUCCACUUCUCUACCUCUUCAUCGAGAGCAACCAAUGAGGAGGCCUGGCUUACUGAAACAAGGCUGGGCCUACCAACCCGUGGGGAAGAAACCCUCCCUCAUCUGCCUUCUGAGGAAAGUGGCCCUCAGGCCCUAGCUAUCCUCAACGAUUCUACGGUGGUAAGCAAAACUCCUUAUGAUUACCAGACUCGGCAAACGAUGAAGGAAUCCAAAAUCUGUGAUGCCAUGAAGCGUCUGGGCAUUCCUGGGUCGGAUACAAUUGACGAACCCAAAGAACUGAAAGGUAGCAUGGCACGGCAGUCACCUAACUCCUCCAGUGACUUGGCCUUGAUGGUAGAUGAGCCGAAGAACAAGGAAGACUACGUAGAGAAGUUGAUGUAUCCUGUGGAAGAAACGGCACAACCAGAGUCUGCAAGGAGCCACCGAGUCCCUGAAGAACGUUAUCAUCCUGAGAUGAAAUCUGCCAACCUCUCCUGUGGAGACAAUGACAACAUAGACCUCUAUUCAUCAGAUCACUUCAGUCAUAUCGCCGGGUGCAGCUAUCCCACGCCAGGUCCGAGUUAUAGCAGACAUCUAGAUGUCCCAAUUUUGACCUGUCCCAUUCCCACCGAGGAUCAAUACUGUGGUGACAUUCCAGCAGGUAUUCGGCAUAGGCGAGAAAGAUACCCCCUUCAUUCCUCUUUGGCGGACUUCGAUACUCGUGGGGCGCAUGGGAACGAACCUAGCCUAGACGGUUAUGUUGUUAUUAAGAAAGAUAAUUAAAAAGUAGAUCCCUCAGAGCUCUGGGACCAGCAAGUCAGGAUUUACUGAGUUGUGGCGAGAUUGGUGAUACGGUCUCUUAAGAGCAUUGGGGUGUUUACAGGCUUCUCAUCCACUGGUAAAAUCUUGCAAGAGAGGAUCAUGGGAUAUUUCAUAGGACUUCAAAUGUGCUCAGCUAAGACCUCAUGAGAGGUUUAGCACCAUCUUACUGUGAGAUCAUUGAAAGAACAUUAUACUUUUAAGGGAAAAAUCACCACUCCUUCAAUUUCCAAGGAAGGAAUUUUCAUCCACUUAUGUAGCUCCAACGUCUCCUCUGAAUUUCCCUCUCUGUGCUCAUGGCUUAAGGGUUGGCAGGCCUGCUAGAGAAGGGUACUGUUAGGGUUCCAAGUAACACUCCCAACGAAAUCAAACUCCGAGGCUUGAGUUUCCUCAAAGCUAAUUUUUAUUAGAGAUGUCAUAUUGGCACAACUGGGAAAACCCGAAUCUGAGAGCUUCUGGGUUUUUCUCGCCCAAAAGAAAGUUCAGGUCCUUGCUCUUCACCCACAUGUCCAUCACACGAACCAAUCAGGUACCCUCCAGAACAGAAGAUACCUCAUUCUUCUCAACACAGCUGCAGGGCACCACGGCCUUGACUUUCUAGAAAGAAUGUUAUUUUGACUACAUAUUAUCUUCACUCCAUACAAUCCUCCCUCCCAUUUUCUCACAGUAGAAUUUGUGGAAGGCCUGAAGUCUCAAAAGGUGAAAAGAUGGCUUCCAGGUCCGACAGGUACACACAUUUGGGGGAGAACACUGGUGCUGCCCGUUUCUUCCUCUUUUAUGCAGUUCCCAAGUGCCUGAAAACUGUGCAGGAUAAAGAACUAGGACUAAGAAACUGUACAAAUCAGGAAUGCUUUGGUGAAGCUUCUCUUGAGCGUUUUCUGUUCUUCCCAACCAGUUCGGAUUUAAUCAAAGAAAUGUUAAUUGUGAGCUUUAAAACACAAAUUACAGGUAGUCCUCAUUUAGCAACGAGAAUUGGAACCAGCAACUUGGUUGUUAAGCAGUCAUCCAAAGAAACCACCAAUCUUUAUGAUCUUACUUCAGUUUUCCUUUGCUUUUACAGGCCUGUGAAGUUCAUAAAUGUUUUCACCUCUGUGAAUGGUCGCUGCCUUAGACAGUCGCUAAACAAGAACUACCUCUAAGAAAAUGUUAUUGAAUUAUCUGGAUCCUGAUGUCAGGUCAUAAUAGGCUGUUUCAUACAUACACGAAUCAUGUUAAAUGUUAAAUACGAUUGCUGUUAAUGUAGGAAAUAUAUCCGGAAACAUGGAAUAUCAAAUGGUUUGGAUUGCUCCAAAUUUGCUCAAUUGGUUCAAUUGUUAUAUCUUUCUGUUAAGAUUCUAUGCAAUAUUAGCAGGUUGAUCAGACAAGAUGAAAGAUAAUGUAAGCUGCUUCUAUACUGAAAUACGACCAAAAAUAAUUGGAUAGAAAACAAUUCAAGAAUGUUACGACUUUUUUUUUUAAAAAGAAAAAGCAUAUUGGACUCCACAGGAAAUUAGAGGAGGGAAGCAUUUAAAUUCUAGUAUGGUCUAGCAACAGGGAUGCGGUGGCUCAGUGGCUAAGAUGCUGAGCUUGUCGAUCGAAAGGUCGGCAGUUCAGCGGUUCGAAUCCCUAGUGCCGCAUAAUGGGGUGAGCUCCCGUGACUUGUCCCAGCUUCUGCUAACCUAGCAGUUCAAAAGCACGUUAAAAAAAUGCAAGUAGAAAAAUAGGGACCACCUUUGGCGGGAAGGUAACAGCGUUCCAUGCACCUUUGGCAUUGAGUCAUGUCCACAUGACCAUGGAGACGUCUUCGGACAGUGCUGGCUCUUCGGCUUUGAAACGGAGCUGAACAUUUCCCCCUAGAGUCAGGAACAACUAGCACAUAUGUGCAAGGGGAACCUUUACCUUUACGGUGUAGCAAAAGAAAAAAAAAAGAUAAAAAUGAGGGGAAGAAUAAUUUCUUCUGAAUCGCCCGUGGAAAAGCCAUUUGGAUCCCAAAUAUGUUGGGCGGUGCUAAAUUUCUUCUAUCUCCUUUUGGUUUUCUUCUCUCGUUUGUUUGGGUUCUUCAGGGCUUGUGGAUAAACAUUUUGUCCCGUCCACGGUCAGACAACUAGAAGUCUGUCCAAAAAUGUCUUGUAAUAAUGAACCAGCAGCCAACCUGCUAUGCAUACCAAAGUACCAAUAUAAUCAAUAGCCCGACAAGCAAGUUUCAUUGAAAAUACUUUCAACGUUUAGCGAAGGAAAGCAUGUGAAAACCUUCAAUCAUUUCUCACCAGAUACGGGUAGUCCUCAACUUACAACUACAAUUUACGUUGCUAAGUGAAACGGGCUGUUGAGUGAGCUUUGCCCCAAUUUACGACUUCUCUUGCCAUUGCCGUUAAGUGAAUCACCGGUCCUUAAGUCAGUCGCACAGUUGUUAAGCGAAAUCUGGCUUCCCUAUUGACUUUGCUUGUCAGAAGGUCGCAAAAGUUUUAUCACUUGACCCUGGGACGCUGCAGCCGUCAUAAAUAUGAACCAGUUGCCAAGCACCGGAAUUUUGAUCAGGGGAUGCUGCAACAGUCAUUAAGUGUGAAAAAUGGUCAUGUUGCUUUUUCCAGUGCCAUUGUAACUUCAAACGGUCACUAAACGAACUGUUAUAAAUUAAGGAUUACCUGUAUUUUGAUUCCCUUUCUUGGUUAUUAUUUCUAAUCAUGUUACUCCAUUUUGUGCUUCUUUGCCAGUACGGCUGAGGAAUUUGUUGGACUUGAGUUUUCCUCCGCUUCAGCUGAUAAGAGCAAUAUUCAGGGAACAUGAGCCUUGGGCUCUUUCAGUUGAAGAGGUGCUGGUUUCUUAUCUCUGCAAGUUUAUAAAAUGCACAAUUCUGAAACUGAACAAUUAGCCAUUCACUCAUUGCCACAAGCAACUGAAGUUCAAAGCCCAGAACAUGGGAUGCUUAUAAGUAAUGCUUAAAAAAGCCAAGGUAGAAUUCCUGUGAAAUAUUUUUUUAUUUCUUCUUGAAAAUUACUCCUCCUGGAAUUAAACAAAAAAAUAUAUUCUU